AUGUCCUUUCAAGUCCCCCAAAAUGUGCCUUCAUUCACCAACAGCCAACGAGCCUAUGAGGAUACCUACUGGCGCCAGAAACAAAGUAAUGGCCAUGCGAGAGUUGGAUCGACGGGAACGGUCACUUCUAAGAUCAAUGAUAUCUUUGGGGAACACAAAGACCUCCCCAUGUACAAGGACAAACCACAUUUUCCUUCGAGCCGAAGGAAACGGGUGUUACAGCCAAAGAGAGUACUCGCCCUGACAGCCCUUCCUGCCUUGCUUUUUCUGUGGUGGAUGGGCUGGUUACCUUGGACCUCGGGCGCAGUCUACGACCCGGCUGAACAUGAGCACCCCUUCUUCAAAGAUGAGGACUGGUCUGCACAAAGAGACGCCGUGAGGGAGGUGUUCAAAACAUCAUGGGCGGGAUAUGAGAAGUAUGCCUGGGGAAUGGACGAAUACAAUCCUUUGACGCGCAAAGGGAAAAAUAUGGUGCCUGGUGGCAUGGGUUGGAUCAUCGUGGAUGCAUUGGACACGGCUAUCAUGAUGAACUUGACCUCCGAGGUUGCAAAAGCCCGGGAAUGGAUAUCUACAUCUUUGUCAUACACUGCCAACCAUGAUGUUAGCACUUUUGAGACCACGAUCCGUAUGCUCGGAGGUCUUUUAUCGGCAUAUUACUUGUCGACGAGCUUCCCCAACUUGGCGCCGCAACGUGACGACGACACCAACCAGCCCGGUGAGGAUCUGUACAUUGAAAAGGCCGCAGAUCUCGCAGAUAGACUGCUUGGUGCAUAUGAAUCGAAUUCGGGAGUCCCCUACGCCUCGGUCAACCUCAACACUUCCCAAGGUAUCUUGUCCCACCUGGAUGGCGGUGCUUCUUCAACGGCUGAAGCAGCAACACUCCAAUUGGAGAUGAAGUACCUUGCCAAGGUCACAGGGGAACCACAUUACUGGCAGAAAGCCGAAAAGGUGAUGGAGAUCAUUGACUCACAUCGGCGAGAGGACGGCUUACUUCCCAUUUUCAUCUAUCCGGCGACGGGCGAAUUUCGAGGCGAUAACAUCCGGCUAGGAUCGCGAGGGGACAGUUACUACGAAUAUUUAAUCAAGCAAUACUUGCAAACGGGAAAGGUCGAAACCGUCUAUCGAGACAUGUGGGAUGAGGCACUAGAAGGGAUCAAGAAACACUUAAUCACCUAUUCUCAACACGCAUCAUUGACAAUCCUGGCUGAGAGGCAGAACGGGCUCCAUUCACCUUUGACUGCCAAGAUGGACCACCUCGUUUGCUUCAUGCCGGGAACGAUUGCGCUUGCUGUUACGGAGGGGGAGACUGUCGAACAAGCUAAAGCCAGACUAGGCAGUCGGUGGACAAAGAAGCACGACGAAAACCUGAAACUUGCCGAAGAGCUCAUGAAGACAUGUUGGGGAAUGUACAAGGUUACGCCGACGGGACUUGCUCCGGAAAUAUCCUACUUCAGGACCGACAAUCCACCAAGACAAUGGCAAGGCCACGUCGAUCCGGACUGGACGCCUCCCGUGUCGAGUGAUCUGUCGGAUGCUCAAAGCGCCACCUGGAGAUCAGACUACGACAUUCACACCAAUGACGUGCACAAUUUGCAACGCCCGGAGACAAUCGAGUCGCUGUUCUACAUGUAUCGAAUCACCAAGGACCCCAAGUACCGGCAAUGGGGCUGGGAAAUGUUUGAAGCAUUCCGCGAACACACCAAGGUUAUCGACGAUGUCUCGGGGACAGUGUACGCGUACACCUCGCUCGACACGGUCAUGGAGAAUCCUGUGAAAGACCGCAAGCGCCGAGACAACAUGGAGAGCUUCUGGUUGGCCGAGACACUCAAGUAUUUUUAUCUGCUCUUCUCGGACGACUCGUUCUUCCCCCUGAACAGCGUCGUCUUCAACACGGAAGCACACCCUUUUCCGAAAUUCGACAUUAGCGGAAGCAAGGUCUUCAAGACGGGCUGGCAGAGAAACAUCGGCGCUCCACCGAGUCCGAAACCUGGUAGCGAUGGGCGGGUGGUGCGCGUUGACCCCGCGCCGCAGAAGCAGGAGGAGCGCGAGUCGAACAGUGGUGAUGCGCCGGAAGUCGCGGUACCGCAUGAACACGAGCACGAUGACACAAUGGAGCACGGCCACAUUGAGGAAAGCGGUCGGGGCAAAGAGACCGGGGGCCAUUCCCCGCUGGAAAACUUUAGGGAAUCUCCGGUGCAAGGGCGAGGGCAAGGAGGUCGAAUGGUUGAGUCAAAAGGUCAUGGAUAA